GCGAACAGGCGCAGCAGGCGGUUUGUACAAACGUGUCAGAGGAAAAAAUGCUUUCGUUUUCACUCCCCGCCACUCUUUGACUCAGCGGACACGCCAAACAAGAGAAAAGCGGUAAAUAGAUAAGUCUGUAACCCUAGGGCGACCCAGGAAGACUAAAAGAAACUCCGUCAUGGCAUUUAAGUAUCCGGCUGCACGAAGAGAUGAGAGUAAGGUGGAUGACUACCAUGGAAAUAAGAUCUGUGAUGCCUACGCGUGGCUGGAGGACCCGGAUAGUGCAGAAACAAUGGCCUUUGUGGAGGAGCAGAACAAACUGACCAUGCCGUACCUGGAGCAGUGUGCCGUCCGGGCUCAAUUCCACCAGCGUCUCACUGAGCUCUAUGACCAUCCCAAAUACAGCUGCCCUUAUAAAAGAGGGAAUAGGUAUUUCUACUCUCACAACAAAGGUCUCCAGAACCAGGAUGUGCUUUAUGUGCAGGACUCUCUGGAUGGGCCUUCGACUAUAUUCUUUGACCCCAACACGCUCUCUGAAGAUGGCACUGUUGCUCUGAGGAUGGGCCGUCUGUCAGAGGAGUGCGAGUAUUUUGCGUACGGUUUGAGCAGCAGCGGUUCAGACUGGGUGACGAUGCGCUUCAUGAAGGCUGAUGACCUCAGCCCCCUACCUGAUGUCCUGGAGAGGAUUAAAUUCAGCUGCCUGGCCUGGACUCAUGAUGCUAAAGGGAUCUUUUACAACUGUUACCCUCGCCAGGAAGGCAAAAGUGAUGGCACGGAGACAACCACCAACCUUAACCAGAAGCUUUACUACCAUGUCAUUGGCACUGAACAGUCCGAGGACAUCCUGGUUGCAGAGUUUCCUGAACAUCCCAAGUGGAAAAGUGCAGCCACUGUUUCAGAUGACGGUCGUUAUGUUGUUUUGUCCAUCACUGAAGGCUGUGAGCCCGUCAACCGGCUGUGGUACUGUGACCUUCAAUCACUCCCCAACGGAAUAACAGGUCUGCUGCCAUGGGUCAAAAUUGUGGACAACUUUGACGCCCAGUACUCAUACGUGACCAAUGAGGGGACUGUAUUCACGUUCCGCUCGAACCUGGACGCUCCUCGGUACUGUCUCAUCAACAUCGACAUCCAGAAACCAGAGAGGGAACACUGGACUACCCUCAUACCUCAGCACGACAAGGACGUCUUGGGCUUGGUCUCCUGUGUGAACCAGCACAACCUGCUGGUCAACUACCUCCAUGAUGUGAAGGACAUCCUGCAGGUGUAUGAGCUGUCUACAGGCAAGCUGAUCAGGGAUCUGCCGCUGGACGUGGGCACUGUGGUCGGAGUGAGCUGCAAGAAGAAACACUCGGACCUUUUCUACAAGUUCACCUCCUUCACUACACCAGGUAUCAUUUACCACUGUGAUUUGAGCAACCCAAACUCCGAGCCCAGAGUGUUCAGAGAGGUGGAGGUCAAAGGAAUCAAACAAGAGGACUAUCAGACCAACCAGGUGUUUUACCCCAGUAAAGAUGGCACCAAGAUCCCCAUGUUCUUGGUACACUCUAAAGGCCUUGUGAAGGACGGGAGUAAUCCGGUCUUCCUGUAUGGCUAUGGAGGCUUUGAGGCUUCAAUCCAACCAUACUACGAUGCUGCUUACCUGAUGUAUGUGAGACACCUGGGAGGAAUCCUUGCAGUGGCCAACAUCAGAGGGGGCGGGGAGUACGGCCUCACCUGGCACAAAGCUGGCACACUGGGGAACAAGCAGAACGGCUUUGAUGACUUCCAGUGUGCAGCCGAGUAUCUGAUCCAGGAGAAAUACACCACAGCCAGCCGCAUCGCUAUCAAUGGAGGCUCUAAUGGCGGGCUGCUAGUGGCUGCUUGUGUGAACCAGCGUCCGGAACUGUACGGCUGUGCGGUGGCCGAGGUGGGGGUGAUGGAUAUGCUGAAGUUUCACAAAUUCACCAUUGGGCACGCCUGGACAACGGACUACGGCUGCUCUGAUGACCCUGAGCAGUUCAAGUGGCUCAUCAAGUAUUCUCCUCUCCAUAAUCUCCCUCAGCCUCCGUACUCCGGCCCUCCUUACCCAGCUGUGCUGCUCAUGACUGCAGAUCAUGAUGACCGUGUGGUUCCCCUCCACACCCUGAAGUACUGCGCAGCCCUGCAGUAUGGUGUGGGAAGCAGCCCUGUGCAGCGUCAGCCUCUGAUGGUCAGAGUGGACACCAAGAGUGGACACGGAGCAGGGAAACCCACGGCCAAAGCCAUCCUGGAGGAGACGCAUGUCUUCUCUUUCAUCGCUGAGACACUGGGGCUCAGCUGGAAAGACUGAAACAUUGGAGAGGUAAAAAUGGUGAGGGGAGAUUUUUGGGAUGGAUGGUUUUUAUUAAUUUGAUGGUGAUGACUUCGUUUUUUUAAUGUACUUAUGCAACAAAAAAUUAAAGCUAGACAAUGUUUUAAUGAAGCAAGCACAGCACAACUACAACAAUAUAUAAAAAAAACAGAAGAUACCAAUCAUAAUGUCUCUAUCUAACAGUUUCUAACAACAACUUCUACCACUAUACCAAUCAAAAUGCUCUGUAACACAUUUUUAACUUUGGGCUAAAACUAUUCAAUAAAAUCUGUUUGAAUUUUGA